AUGGGGUUGUUUACCUACGCAAGACAGAUUUCACGUGCUGUGUAUGCUUGCAAAAUGCCGGCAAAACACUUUUCCACCCAAAAAGUUAGAAUGGCUCCACUUAUACCGCUCCAGUCCUCAAAUUUCCUGAUAAGUACACCUUUUAAUUGCAAUUCAUUUUCAAUAUCAGGGUCUUCUUUAAUCGACUCUGGCGAAGAUGAUGAAGAGAAGGCUGUUGAAUCGAGUAUUUCAAACCUUGAUACUGGAAAUACACAAGCAAUGAAGCGAAGUUAA